AUGCAUAUCCCUACGCCCGGCGAGCCCACACCGCUUGUAUCCAUCAUCCAGGAGUCCAUGAUGGCCGUACAGAAUAACUCCCAUCCAUCGGCCAAUGGAGAUGACGACAUCGGAGUCGGUAACAAACUCAAUUUCUACCCGGCCGUCGAUGAGGACUACGAGACGAGACGAGCCGAACAGCAAGCGGAAAGCUUAAUUCCGCUCAAAGAGGACCUCGCCGAAUGGAUCCAGCGAUUACUCGAUAUUCCCAUUACAACGGAGACAUUUUUGCAAGUUCUGGACAACGGUGCAGCUCUGUGCCGAUUGGCAUUUCUCAUUCAAUCGAAAGCUGAAGAGGCGAGUCGAGAGGGAAAAUAUUCCGAAACAAUCCCAAGGCUAAGGUUCCGAUGCCGAGAAAACGCGAAGUCUCGAACCUGGUAUGCCCGAGACAAUACUGCCAACUUUCUACGAUGGUGUCGAGAUUUUGGCAUUAAUGAAGGAUGUAUGUUCGAGUCUGAAGAUUUGGUUUGUCACCGCCAGGAGAAGCCAGUGGUUGUGUGCCUCCUGGAGUUGGCCCGCUUAGGGUACCGCUUCGGACUGGAGCCGCCCAGCAUCGUUAAAAUCGAAAAGGAAAUUGAACGGGAGGAGAGCGAACUGGCAUCGCAGAUAAACGACGAUGAUGCUAAUGAGGGCGCGGCCGAUGAGGGGGGGUCCGAAGUUGGGGACGAUGCUGGCAGCCCGUCCGAGAGGAGGAAGAAAAAAGAUAAAGAUGGCGACGGAGAGACCGACGAACAUGACGGAGAUAAAAAAGGAGGAGAUGCCGACGUAAGCGAAAGUGAAUCGCCCGAUGGGAUGAACGGCCAUGCGAAUGACGACACUGCCGCUGACGCGGGUAACGGUGAUAUCUGUCCAUUUCUACCCUCCACUCUCUCUUUCUCUCUCUCUUCCCAUCUAUCUAUCUAUCCUAUCUAUCUAUCUAUCUAUCUAUCUAUCUAUCUAUCUAUCUAUCUCUCGCAGUCUGUUUUUAUCUAUCUAUCUAUCUAUCUAUCUAUCUAUUUCAAUCUGUUCCUAUCUAUCUAUCUAUCUAUCUAUCUAUCUAUCUAUCUAUUUAUCUAUAUAUAUAUACUUUCUAAAAUAUAA